GACCCCCGGGCCACUACCUCAACCCUAAACCCUGUGUCUCCCUCUCUCGACGGCGGCGCCGCCCUCCACUCUCCGGCCGGCCCCCUCUCCCUCUCGCCCGCCCACGUCCCUCCAGCGGGCCCCUGCGCAAGCCCGCCGCCUCCGCCGCCACUACCCCUCUCAACGCGCCGCCGCCGCUGCCUCCGACUCGAAAGCGCCGCUGCCGCCGCGCCACGCCGUCGGUCUCCCGGGUCGACAGACAGCCUCCUGCGCCGUCGCCAUCGCGUCCCUCGGUUCGCCGCGGUGCCGCAUCCGACAGACGCUCCGGCUGCCGUCCCUGUAGGUUCGGCCUGCUCGUGCCCUCGGGAAUCCGGCGAGGAGGAAGGGCGCACGCGCGGGGUCUGGCAUGGCCGACUUGCGGGGUAUCGAGGCAACAUCUGAGGAAGUGGAUUCGAUCCACUUCAGCUUCUAUAGUGAUGAUGAAAUUAAGAGGAUCAGUGUUAAAAAGAUCACCAAGUCAGAGCGCCUUGAUGCCAAAAACCAUCCUGUGCCAGGUGGAUUACUUGAUCCUGCAAUGGGACCCAUCAAUGAUAAUGAUACCUGCAAGAGUUGUGGUCAGCAUUCUGGUCGUUGCCCUGGUCACUUCGGUCAUAUUGAGUUGGCAAAACCAUUGUUCAACCCUUUGCUGUUUAUGAGUCUGAGAAACCUUCUCCAUGCCACAUGCUUCCAUUGUCACAAGUUCCGUUUGAACAAUGAACAGGUUGACAGAUAUGCAAAUGAACUUGAACUGUUAGUAAAGGGUGAUGUUGCUCGCGCUAAAAAUUUGGAAGACUCAGGUAAAGAAGCAUCUCUUUCAGAGAAUGAUGAAGACAGUACUGAGGCCACUUCAGGUGAUAAAUCAUCUCCUGAGAAAGACAAGAAAACCUGGACAUCAAUCCAACUGAAAGAGAUUUUGUCUAUUUUUUCCAAGAUAAUGAAAAAGAGACAGAAGAAGUGCGCAAAAUGCGACUAUAAGAACCCAUCAAUCACAAGUCCUAUAUAUGGCUGGCUGGUCAAGGACACAAGUGCUUCUGCUGUAAGAGCAAAUGCAGUUGCCGACUUUAAACUUAAGGGAGAUGGCAGUGCUCACAAUUCAGGGGAAACUGGGGUUUCUGGUCUUGAUGAAGAACUAACUUCGCCUCAAUCCAAAGGAUCAAUCAAUGAAGCUAGACGCCUUUCUGAUGACACCAUUAAAGAAAUGGUGGCAUCAUCAGGAAAGAAGCAUCUAUUGCCUACAGAGGUUGAAUUUAUUCUCAAGAACUUGUGGAAAAAUGAAGCCAAGUUCUGCAUGUUACUUUGUGACUUCCAGCAGAAUACGUUAAGUGUAUCAGAAAAAAGAAGGGGCUAUGAGAUGUUUUUCUUGAAUAGUCUACUUGUUGCACCAAAUAGAUUCCGUCCGUCAACUAGCUCUAGUCUUGGAAUUAUGGAACAUCCACAAAAUGUUCUGCUAAGUAAAGUGCAAGAAGCCAAUCUUUUGCUCCAGAAUAACAGUGCUGGUUCUGAUCAUAUGGAUGUUCUUAGAAGAUGGAUGGAUCUACAACGGAGUGUAAAUGUGUUAUAUGAUAGUAGCAAAGGCCUCGUAAAAAGCGAGAAGAAUGCUCAUGGUAUACGUCAAUUGUUGGAAAAGAAAGAAGGGGUUCUUCGACAGAAGAUGAUGGGGAAGAGGGUUAAUUAUGCAUGCCGAUCUGUUAUAUCUCCAGAUCCGUACUUGGCUGUUAAUGAAAUUGGCAUUCCUCCUGUUUUUGCAACACGGUUGACGUAUCCUGAGAAAGUAACACCCUGGAAUGCAAAAAAACUACAAGAAGCUGUAAGGAAUGGUGCUGAUAUUCACCCAGGUGCAACACAUUACAGGGACAAUGAUAACAUGUACAAGUUACAGGCAGCGCCUGACAAACGCAGUGCCAUUUCUAGGAAGCUACCUGCAUCCAGAGGAUCAAUUUCUCAGCUAGGGAAAGAUCCAAAUUGCAAAUUUGAAAGCAAGGUUGUAUAUCGUCAUCUUCAAGAUGGUGACAUUGUACUUGUCAAUAGGCAGCCUACGCUUCACAAGCCCAGCAUGAUGGCUCAUUUUGUUCGUGUGUUGCCUGGAGAAAAGACAAUACGAAUGCACUAUGCCAAUUGCAGCACGUACAAUGCUGAUUUUGAUGGAGAUGAGAUGAAUGUGCACUUCCCACAAGAUGAAAUAUCUCGUUCUGAGGCUAUGAAUAUUGUUGAUGCAAACAAGCAAUACAUUGGUCCUAGGAGUGGGGAUGCUGUCAGAGGUCUCAUACAGGACCACAUUGUUGGUGCUGUACUACUGACAAAACAGGACACCUUUCUAAGCCGUGAAGAAUAUAGUCAGCUUGUCUAUGGGUCUUGUGUGCCCUCAAAUUGUGGCCCUCGUCAACCUGGUGUAAAAGUGUCUGCUAUUAAGGAUGAUGGUGCACUAGAACUUGUCCUUCCUGCUAUUUUGAGGCCCAAGCCAUUAUGGACAGGAAAACAGGUUAUAACAACCAUCUUGAAUCAUAUAACAAAAGGCCGUCGUCCAUUCACUGUGGAGCAGAAGGGAAAAAUAACAGAAGAAUUUCUAAUCCCUCCUAAAGAAGAAACAGAAAAAAAGAGAAAAGUAGGAGAGGGAGAAAAGGAAAAAGAAGAAGAAAGAAAAAAAGAUAUUUCCGAACUGGUUUUAUAUGUUCGUGGUAAUGAGCUCAUAAAGGGAAUGAUAGAUAAGGCCCAGUUCGGGAAGUACGGCAUAGUACAUACAGUUCAUGAAUUCUAUGGUGCAGAUACAGCUGGAAUACUGCUCUCAACAUUCAGCCGCUUGUUUACGCUUUUCUUGCAGCUGCAUGGGUUUACUUGUGGGAUAGAUGACCUGCUACUAUCCCAACAAUCCAAUGAAACGAGAAGAAAAAUUCUCGCUGAAAGUGAAGAGAGCGGUACAAAUGUCCACAUGGAAUUUACACAAAAAACUAAAGUGGAUCUUGAAGACCUGGCAUUGGAAAUGAAGGUGGAGAAAGUUGUAAGAAGUAAUGGUGAAUUUGCCACUGUUACAUUGGACAGAAUGAUGAGUAAUAAACUGAACGAGAUAACAACUACAGCCAAUAAAGAAUUAUUGCCUCAUGGUCUAGAAAAGCCUUUUCAUAGAAAUUGUCUCUCUCUUAUGACUGCAACUGGUGCUAAAGGUGGCAUGGUCAACAUGACACAAAUAUCAUCAUUGUUAGGCCAGCAAGCGUUAGAAGGAAAGCGUGUUCCACGGAUGGUUUCUGGGAAGACUUUGCCAUGCUUUCCACCAUGGGAUACUUCUUCAAGAGCUGGUGGUUUCAUCUGUGAUCGAUUUUUAACUGGUUUGCGCCCUCAAGAGUAUUACUUUCACUGUAUGGCAGGCAGAGAGGGGUUGGUUGACACAGCAGUCAAGACAUCCCGCAGUGGAUAUCUUCAGCGCUGUCUUAUUAAAUGUCUGGAAUCGUUGAAAGUCUCAUACGAUCACACUGUACGGGAUGUUGAUGGAUCAAUUGUACAGUUCCAGUAUGGAGAAGAUGGAGUUGAUGUGCUGAAAACUAGCUUUCUCAACAAGUUCAAAGAACUUGCUGAUAACAAAAGAGUUGUCCUUGACAACAUAGGUGGCCGCAAUCAGAUACUGUUUGAUCAGAAAGUAGAAAAGAAAAAGCUGUUACCAAACUUGAAUUGCUACAUUACUAAACUGCCUAAGAAGUUGCGUAAAGAAGCAGCCACAUUUCUUAAGGUAUCAAAGGAAAAGAAAAGCUGUGACAUCGAUGAGGAGGAACUACUGAAGUUACUGAAAAUCAAAUACAUAUAUAGUCUUGUAGAUCCUGGUGAGGCUGUUGGUGUGGUUGCUGCUCAGUCAAUAGGAGAACCUUCAACGCAGAUGACGCUCAACACUUUUCAUCUUGCUGGAAGGGGUGAGAUGAAUGUAACCCUUGGUAUACCUCGUUUAAAAGAAAUUCUGAUGACUGCAUCAGCUAAUAUUAGUACGCCUUUUAUGAAGGGUCCGCUGCUUAAAGGAAAGACUAGGGAAGAUGCUGAGCGGGUGGCUGCAAAGUUUAGAAGAGUUUGUGUGGCUCAUAUAGUGGAGAAAAUUGAAGUAUGCACAGUUCCCUUUUACAACAGUAAUGGGCAUGUUUCGACCCUGUACAAGCUACAAAUGAAACUUUACCCUCAGGAGCAAUACCCUCUGUCGGAUCUUACUGUAGAUGAGUGUCAGGCAACCUUGAGAACAGAUUUUGUUGGUGCAAUGGAAAAUGCAAUUGAUAAGCAUCUAGAUCUGCUACGCAAAAUUAAUAAAAUCCGUGCUGUUAAGGUAGAAGAUACAGAGGGCUCUUUAUCAGAUGGUGGUGAAGAAUCUGAAAGUGGACAUGCUGACGGUGAAGACACUGGUAUGAGUGAUGGUGAUGAUGAAAAUGAUAAUGAAGAUGAUUUGGGAACUGAUGCAGAAAAGAGGAAACGACAAGAGAAAGAUGAGAUGGAGUAUGAUGAUGAUACUGAAAACGAAGAGGAAAUAGAUAGUGAAUCUGAGGAAGAGACCAACAUUAAACGUCAGAGCGAUGAGGAUCCUGCUGAGUCAGGUGAUGAUUUGCUAGAGGCUGAGGAAGAACACAAAACCUCAAAGUCUCAGAUGACUUCAGUGGGCGAAGUGUCAUAUUCUUCCAAAAAGGGGGCAACUUCAAAAGAUAAGCUAAAGGCAGCUAAACUUCAAGAAAAAAGUCAAACUGAUGGUAUAUCAGAUGAGAGUAAAGCGGAUCAAAUAACUUCCAAGCGUGGGAAAAAGUUAAAACGGACUGUCCAUGUUGAAUCCAAAGGUUUGGAUUUUGAGAUUCACUACGCCUUUCAUGAUGAACCUCACAUUCUACUAUCUCAGAUUGCCCAGAAGACAGCUAGGACUGUUUUUGUGAGGGCCUGCAAUAACAUUGGCAAAUGUUCAGUCAUGCCACCGAAAGGUAUCCCUGAGCAUCUGGAAACGUCCGGAGUGAACUUUGAAAUUUUCUACAACCUUGAGGACUACAUUAGCAUCAAUGAGAUCAAGUCAAACGAUAUACAUGCAAUGCUGAAGACAUAUGGGGUGGAGGCUGCACAGGCCACCAUCAUCCAGGAAGUGAAAAGUGUGUUUACCGUCUACGGCAUCGAUGUGGACCCGAGGCACCUGAGCAUGAUUGCCGACUUCAUGACCUUUGACGGCGGGUUCCGACCCAUGAACAGGCUGGGGAUGGGCCAGUUCAGCACCUCACCAUUCGGCAAGAUGACGUUCGAGACGGCGACCAAGUUCAUCGUGGAUGCGGCCACGCAUGGGGAGGCGGACUCACUAGAGUGCCCCUCGGCCAGUGUCUGCCUCGGGAAGCCAGCGAAGGUGGGGACGGGGACCUUUAGUUUGCUACAGAACUUUAGUGUCGAUCAGCCCAUGGUGAUGUAAGCCUGAUUGGUUCCACAAAUUUUGGUUCAAGCUGCUUGUAGGAAAGAAAACGGUAGGAUUUUUUUUAUGGUUGCUGGUCUUGCUGGUUCCGUGGUUGCACCGUGAACCUGAUGACACCGUGCUCUAUGAUAUAGAAAGCUGUGUUUUGUGGAUUGAAUAUUUAUGUGUAAUCCUGGUGUUGACGGUGUAGGCUAUCCCUGGAGUGUUUUGUGGAGUUGAAGUCUUGUUUUGCGCGAGUAUUGUUUUC